GAGCGGUCCCUGCCCGGAGCCAUGCGGGGCCGGGGGCUGCUCUGCGGCAUCGCCCUCUCGCUGCUGCUGCGGCCGCCGCCCCCCGCGGCCGCCGAGGAGCGGCCCCAGCCCGAGGUGGUGGUGCCGCGCUGGGCAGCCCCGGGUGGCCCCGGCAGCCCCAAGCAUCCACCCCGAGCUGAAGUUACAGUGGAGGCAGAAGGCCAGGAGCUCGUCUUGGAACUGGAGAAAAAUAGAAACCUCUUUGCACCAGGCUACACUGAGACCCACUACAGCCACACUGGCCAAGCCCAGAGCACCCCCCUGAGCCACACGGAGCACUGCUUCUACCAUGGCACUGUGCGCGGCUGGGAGCGCUCCAGUGUCACCCUCAGCACCUGCCGAGGGCUGAGAGGACUUAUCAUAUUGAGCAGCAAUUCCAGCUACAUCUUGGAGCCAGCUCCUGACAGCCCAAACCAGCACUUGAUUUACAGGGUGGACAACCUGAGGUUGCAGGGAGGAGCUUGUGGCUACCAGGGCACUGUGGAUGCAGCUGAAGAUUGGCUCAGGAACUUCACAACUGGGAUGAAAUCACCAGGCCAGAGGGUGAAACGGGACACUCUGCAGGCUACAAAGUACGUGGAGCUCCUGCUCGUGGCAGAUUAUGCAGAGUUUCAGAAACAUCACUUCAACAUUGAAGCAACAAGGCAGAAAUUGGUGGAGGCUGCUAAUUAUGUAGAUAAGUUUUACAGGGCCUUGAAUAUCCGGAUUGCCUUGGUGGGGCUGGAGAUCUGGAAUUACGGGGAUAAAUGUGAUGUAACAGAGAAUCCCUACUCCACCCUCAAGUCCUUUCUGGCCUGGAGUAGCAAAGAGAGGCUGCACAGAAAACAUGAUAAUGCCCAACUAAUCACGGGUGUGCCCUUCAAAGGUACCACAGUAGGCUUGGCUCCCGUGAUGGCCAUGUGCUCUGAUUUCCAGUCAGGAGGAGUAAACAUGGACCACUCUGAUAAUGCCAUUGGUGUUGCUGCUACCAUUGCCCACGAGAUGGGACACAAUUUUGGCAUGAAUCAUGACUCUGCUGGCUGCUGUACCACCCCUGCAGCAGAUGGGGGCUGCAUCAUGGCUUCUGCAACUGGGCACCCAUUCCCCAAGGUGUUCAACCAGUGCAACAGACAAGAGCUGGAGAAGUAUCUGCAUUCUGGUGGAGGGAUGUGUCUCUCCAACAUGCCAGACACCAAAAGAAUGUAUGGUGGAGGGAAAUGUGGAAAUGGCUACUUGGAAGAGGGGGAGGAGUGUGACUGUGGAGAGGUGGAGGACUGCAGGAACCCCUGCUGUGACCCCAGGACCUGCUCCCUGAAACCUGGUGCUGAAUGUGCCCAUGGCAGCUGCUGCCAUCAGUGCAAGCUGAUGUCCCCAGGAACUCCCUGCAGGAAGAGGUCAGGACUCUGUGACCUCCCAGAAUAUUGCACUGGCGAGUCCCCGUUCUGCCCCCUCAACUCCUACCAGAUGGAUGGGGCUCCCUGUGAUGGAGGGAAAGCCUACUGCUACAGUGGCAUGUGCCUCACCUACAGGGACCAGUGUGUGCAGCUCUGGGGGCCUGGAGCACAGCCAGCACCAGAUGCCUGCUUUGAGAAGGUCAAUGCUGCUGGAGACAUCUACGGGAACUGUGGGAAGGACAUCUAUGGGAAUUACAGGAAGUGCGACAUGAGAGAUGCUAAAUGCGGGAAGAUCCAGUGCCAGAGCUCGGCUUUCAAACCCCUGCAGCCCAACGCAGUGCCCAUAGACACCACGGUGAACAGGCAGCGCUGCCGGGGCACCCACGUGUACAGAUCUGACAGUGAGGAGAAGGAGAUGCUGGACCCUGGCUUGGUGCUGACAGGAACCAAGUGUGGGAGCCAUCAUGUUUGCUUUGAAGGGCGCUGCCAGAACAUGUCCAUCAUCUUUGAUUCUGAGAGCUGCAGCAAGAAGUGCCAUGGGCAUGGAGUGUGCAACAACAACAAGAACUGCCACUGUGACCAGGGCUGGGCCCCCCCGUUCUGCAACAAGGAGGGGACAGGAGGCAGCCUGGACAGUGGUCCCCCUCUGCCUGAAGGCUCUUCAGCAGUUGUGAUAGCUCUGGCAGUCCUGGCUCCCAUUCUCCUUCUCACAGGAGUCUUGUUUUUAUUCUAUUAUCUGAAAUGCUGGAGUAAAUUUACCAUCUGUUCUCUAAAGAAGACACCUCAGUUCAGUGAUGCCUCUGGAACUGGCCAUGCAAACCCUGCCUUCAAGCUGAGAACGCCCCAGCAGCAGAGGAAGGUGAUUGGCUUCCCUGAAAUCCCACCCAAGCCUCCUUCUCAGCAAGCUCCAGGGCUGCAGAUGAGCAGGCAGCAGCUCCCCACCUUCCCUGGCAGCCCCAGCUGCAGCGGGGGGCAGCCCGCGGGACCGGCGCUGCCCAAGGACAUUCCCCGGAGGACACCCCCGAGCAGGCCAGCACCUCCUGCUCCCAAGCCUCCAACCUCUCAGGAUAUUGCAAGGCCCCGGCCGCCCCAGAGAGCUCUGCCAGCGAAUCCCAUCCCAUCCAGGUCCAGAGGCUGGCAGGGGAGCAGCCCUGCUGUCCCACUGCCCCCCGGGCACAGCAGAGCCCCUGGGCACCUCCAGCCUGUGGCAGAGGGUGCUGGUGCCUGGACAGCUGGAGCAGUGAGCAACUUGAAGGUGGGACAGCCAGGCUCCCGUGGGCAUUCCUGAGGCAGCCUGUUCCUGGCUGGCUCUGGCCUUCGCCGGGCACUGGAUGGUCUUCAUCACCCAAAAACACUCUCACACCUUCACUGCCAAGGACAGUGUCUCAGUUCCUCUCUCCUGCCCCAGCCCUGCUCCCUCUGUGACUCGCCAGGCUGCAGUCAGGCAUGGCAGGGGUGCCCCAGGUACACGCCAGGCUCAGCUGGACCCUCUCUGCCUUUUCCACAUAGGGAUGACUCGUUUAUACGUUAUUUAAAUAUUGUUGUGCAAUAUCCACUGCAGGGGUGGGGUGAUGGGGGUUUCCACAUGUUUUUAAUCAGUUAUUUAAGUAUUACCAGGGAGAACAAGCUGUGAGUGCAGGUGCUGGCCUUGAUGGGCUUUCAUGUGAGCCCUGUUGGCUUCCUCAGCACCCCCAGCAGCUGCAGGAGCAUAUUGGUGCUAUACAGAACCCACUGCCUCUGGGGAGAGCAGCUGGUGAUAACAAUCUUCAGUUUAUUCUCUGUUUACAGGGGGUGGCAAAUGGGGCCCCAACAGGGAGCCAACUGUGGAAAUACAAUUUGUGGGGCCACUGUGGAUUUUGGUCAGCUUUAGCAGAGGGGAUUAUUUUUAUUUCAUUACUUUCCCCAUAUAACCCUCUUCAGCAGGAACAUUGCAACCCUUCCGUCCUCCAGCACUUGCUUGUCUUGCCCUGGUGCUGUAAAUCCCAAAAGCAGCCCCAGCAUGGCCCAUGAGCUCCAAUCCAGGUCUUUAGGGCACACUCAAGGUACGACAGGGCAGCUCUGGCCCAGAGCCAGGGCAGAAGGCCAGCAGGAACUCAGCAGAAGGCAGUGCCCAGACCCCUCUGCAGCGCACGGUACCGUCAGCAGGAGAUGUUUUUGCACGUGUCUGUGCUGAGCUGUAACUCAGCAUGGGCUGUCUGCUCCCCAAACCACUGAGAAACCUACCUGGAAAACGCCCAGGUGGUGAAACAGCUGAACUGUUAACACAACACAUGGUGCUUUUGUAGGGCAGCUCUCUUACUUCAGGCUUUUUCUCCAGGCCAUGGAUGGAGAGAGCUGUCUGUGAGCACUUUAAGCAGCUGAUAGUUCUGACCCUGAGGACCCUCCCUUAUGAAUUUAAUUUUUUCUUCUCCUAAUAGUUUGGCUUUUGUAUGUGGUUUUUUUUUUUUUGGUUUUUUUUUUUUUUUCUCCUCAGGAUUUUAAAAUAAGACCUUCUGUUAUGCCAGAUUUUUUUUUUCCUUGAAAUUAUUUCCUAGGAGAACACAGGGAAAUCUGGAGCUGUAGUUACAACAGCCCUCUUGUGUCUGACUUAUAUGGACAAAGCCUCAAACAGCAUGACUGCUGCUCCACAUGUGAGAAACUGUAUUAGUCUCAUAAAGAAAAUGUCUUGUUUGCUGGUUCUCUUUCCCUAAGAUCUACUCAUUAAAGAAAUCCCAGAUAAACCCCAAGAACUCAUUAAAGUUGUAGUUAUAUGUAGUAGUGUACCUGUAGGAUGACUUAAGUCACAUUAGUUUUCACAACUUUACUACCUCUUUCUCCACAAGGAAACAGUUCACAUGGUGUGUCUUGAAAUUCUCACAGGUUAUUCCUUAUUUUACUAAUUUUAAACCUUUUCUUACCUUUUAUGUGCCUGGAAAACAAACCAAUCAAAAAAACUUCUUUCUGAAAUAAGGGAGGUCAAGUAAAAGACAACAGCUUUCUAAUCUUUGCCUUUUUCAAUAGUUGGGGUAUAUUACGUAUAAAACGGUGUGUUCAAACAACCCCCAAACUUGUUUCUUGGUAUGUAAUGGCAGGUUUGGCUGCUCACAGUGCAGCAGGACUGUACAUACACUGUAAUUGUUGAUUCAACCACAAGAUCUCAUAGCUGAGCCCUCACUGAGGGCAGCAGCACUUCUGCUCCAACCCCUGAUCUUCAGCAAAUGGCCACUGAAAGUCACUAAAAUUAUUUUCACUGCUUUUCAUGUGAGCAUGGGAUCAAGGUUUCAAAAAAUGCCCCCACACAAUGCUCAGAGAACAACUGGACAUGCCCAAACUCUAACAGAAAACUUUAUUGCUGGAAUAUCACAAAAAUCUCCAAAAGGUAGUUUUAAGUAAGUCCUUUUAAAUUUUCAGAUGUGUGCAAGUUGAGUGAAUGAGACCAGGGGAACUGCAGGAGGAGUAAAAAAUGUCAAACCUGAUUUUUUGAAAGAUAAUAUUACUUGGGAGAACUUAUAACAAAUACAUCUCACUUUCUCCUAUGUCCACAUGUUAAUGGUUUACAACAAUGCUCUCUAUGCAUCUAUGCAAAUACUUGAAUAAUGCAAUUUAUUGUGCCUUUUGCCUAGUUUUAAUAAAAUUUGUUGGUUGUCAUUAACAAA